AUGGCCAAUCUAUAUCUGAUGCAAGCCUUGUACGCCCCGAAGCCGCCUCGGUCUACUCCUAGUCCUGCUGUUUCUGCGCUCGACGACGUGCAGCGAGAACAAAGGCAGUCUGCAACCCCCGAGCAAGCCAUACAUGGUGAGCGCCUCAGAAUGAUGGAAGUUGAAGAACCGCCUGAACCCGACUCGGAGGCCGUUGCGCGCUGGAAACCGACUGGUGCCAAUAUUCAGUCAGUCGGCAUCAAGAGCGAGCUCCCGAGCUCCGACGCUGCGGACAGAUUCUUGGAAUCGCUCCCGUCUUUUCCUGGCAACAUCGCUGUCACGCCUUCUUCACCCUCGUCGAUGACACUGCCUGACGGCCUCACUUACCCAAUUGAGCGAUACCUACCACCUGUGGGACCAUACUACGACCAGAAUGCUCUCCUUCCCGUCUUUGGCCCGAUGUUCUUCAAGUACAAACCCUACUGGUAUCGCCAGCAGGAGAUUCCAUGCGGUCCCAACACCCUUCGAGAUCGACAAAUCCGUCCGGACAAACAAGAGCUCGCCGUCCUCUCUUAUAUCGGUGUCAUGUAUCUUGCACGCGGUCCAAACAACACUGUUCUUGUGAACUCAAGGCAUCCGAUCGUUCAAAACUUCUACAAGGACAAGCCAAGGUCGAAGGCACUGAUGCGGAAGAUAUUCGAAGCGGACCCGAGGCAUCACUCGGCGUCCAUUCCAUCGCGCCGUGGGCCAACGCUCGUGGCGAACGCCCCUCAGCAGCAACCCCUCCCGCCACCGAUGGGCUCAUACACCAUACCGAUAAGAUCCGUGGACAACAGCCUCGACCCGCGUCUCCAGGGUCGCACGUCAUAUGGCGCGCCCGGCCAACUGGCGCUUCCGCAGCCCGAUACCGCCAGCAACAGUAGCGAAACCCCGACUGACCCAGAAGACAUCGAAAGGAAGCUUCAGGAUCAGGAGGUCGAGAAUCUGAACUUGAGAAUGCAGGCAGUUGUGAAGGAUCGUGAGAUUCGGAAGCUGAGGGCGGAGCUCGAGCAGCUGCGCGCUCAAGCUGCUGACACAGGUGGCGCAUACUAG